AUGGCCAUCACAAGAAGACUGCUGCAAGUCUUCCUCCUCCUCUCAUGGCUGGAUGAGGUUCAAUCUAGUCCCAGCUGUAGUCUCCAGGGUUGGCCAAUGGAUACCUUAUCACAAUUUGGGAAUAUUCUGAUUGGAGCAGUUUUUGUAGUUCACUCUGGAUUCAUCUUUCAUCUACCAACCUUCCAGGAGGAGCCAAAGCCAGUUUCUUGUACAGGGUUCCACAUUCGUUACUAUCGGGAUGUUCUGGGCCUCAUGUUUGCAGUGGAUGAAAUUAACAAUUCUCCGGACCUCCUGCCUAAUAUCACUCUUGGCUUCAGCUUCGUGGAUUCCUGUAUGUCUGAGCUCCGGGCUGUUGGAGGAGUUCUGUCCCUGCUGUCAGGACUUGGAAACCCCUUUCCAGGAUAUGACUGUCACGCACCUUCAGUCAUGGUCGGGAUUGUAGGUGAACAUUUUUCUGCGUUAUCUCUUCCCAUUGCCCAAAUGCUGGGUGCUCUACAUUACCCACAGAUCAGUCAUGGGGCAACCCUGUCAGCUCUGAGCAAUAAAAUGAAUUUUCCAUCCUUUUUCCGCACCAUGCCCAGCAACCUCUUUCAGAACAUUGCUCUCAUCCAGCUGGUUGGCCAGUUUGGUUGGACUUGGGUUGGCAUGCUGGUGGUGGACAAUGAUGUUGGGCAGCAGGGUGCCCAGAUUAUACAAGCUGGGAUAGAGAGAAAUGGAGGCUGUGUUGCUUUUCUGGAGAAAAUCCAUCUGAGUUAUUCAACCCAGAAGAUCAAGAGAGUGGUGGAUGUCAUUAAAAGAAGCUCUGUCAAUGUGAUUGUUCUCCACAGCCAAGAAGUCCAUGUGAAGGCCCUGCUAGAUGCCAUGUUUGCUGAUGGAGUCACUGGAAAAAUAUUCAUCUCUUCAGCUUCCUUCAUUAUGACCCCUGGACUUUUCUCUAAGAAAGCCUGGAAGGUUCUAAAUGGGACAAUUGGGCUGGUUCCCAGUGCUGCCCCUUUGCCAGGGUUUGAGGAGUUCCUCCUAAACCUUCACCCAAAUGCUAACACAACAUAUCCAUUUAUUAGACUGUUCUGGGAGAAAGCUUUCAGCUGCUACUGGCCCGUUGAAAAUCCAGAUAGCGAGACUUCGAAUGCUCCCAUUUUAAAGGAAGACGUGGCCUGCACUGGUGAGGAAGGGUUCAGAAGUGAGAUUGCUCAAUUAUUUGAGACAAAUGAUCUCAGCUUGACUUAUCAUGCCUACCUGGCAGUAUAUGCCUACACACAUGCUCUGCAUUCACUGCUUGGCUGUCCAACUAUAUCAGAGGGUUAUUUCCAUCAAGGAGUAUGCUCAAAUAUUAAUGAUGCUCAGCCCAGGAAGGUGCGUGACAAAUUAUGUAUGAAAUCUUACUGUCUGCUUGUUACCUCCCCUCCAAUUGUCCUUAGCCAUAUUAAUUCCAUAAAAGAUAAGGCCAGUGGGGUCUCUUUGAUGAACUUCAUCAAAGUGCUCCGUUUCCUCAAGAAAACCAAUUUCCAGACAAAGUCCGGGGAGGUGAUGAAGUUUAAUUCUGAGGGGGACCUCCCGGCAUCAUAUGAUAUUAUUAACAUUCAAGUCAUCAAUGGCAGUUUCAACCUGGUGAAAGUGGGGAGGAUCGACCCUGAGGCCCAACCCCCCAGGGAGAAGAUCAGUCUAAAUGUUAGUGCCAUCUUGUGGAAUGAUCAUGUAUUACAGGUGCCAAUCUCUGUCUGCAGCAAUAGCUGUCGGCCUGGGUACCGGAAAACCCCUUUUGAAGGAAGACCUAUCUGCUGCUAUGACUGUAUCCCCUGCUCUGAGGGAGAGAUUACUAAUUACACAGAUGCCGAUGAAUGCACCAGAUGUCCCUCUGAUCAGUGGUCCAAUGAGGAAAGAGACAGAUGUAUCCCGAAGGUGAUAGAAUUCCUCUCAUACAAUGAACCAUUGGGAAUUGUGUUAGUGAUAGCAGUUGCCAUGUUAUCUAUCCUCACACUCUGCAUCUUAAUCAUCUUCAUUAAAUAUCAGGACACACCCAUCAUCAAAGCCACCAAUAGGGAGCUGAGCUACAUCCUGCUGGUGUCUCUCAUUCUCUGCUUUCUCUGUUGCUUGGUGUUUAUUGGUCAACCAUCCAAAUUCAGUUGUCUCCUGAGACAAACCUUCUUUAGUGUGGCCUUCUCCAUCAGCAUGUCCUCAGUCUUGGCCAAGACAAUAAUGGUGAUCCUUGCCUUUAAAGCCACUGGAAUGAACAGUCCCUUGAGAAAGUGGCUGGGUCCAACCAUCCCUCGUAAUGUCGUAGGACUUUGCUUAGUUUUGCAGACAAGCAUUUGUUCAUUAUGGCUUCACAGGUCGCCUCCAUUUCCAACACUGAACAAUCAGAACUAUAAGAUAAUAUUUGAAUGCAACGAAGGACAGAAACAAUUUUUCUACAUUAAUUUGGGGUUCAUGGGAUUUAUGGCCAUGGUAAGUUUUCUAGUGGCCUUCCUAGCCAGGAACCUUCCAGGAAGCUUCAAUGAGGCCAAACUCAUCACCUUCAGCAUGCUGGUCUUCUGUUGUGUCUGGAUCUCCUUCAUCCCGGCCUAUCUGAGCACCAGUGGCAAAUACACAGUGGCUGUUCAGAUAUUUGCUAUCUUGGCCUCCAGUGCUGGACUACUAAGCUGUAUAUUCCUACCGAAAUGUUAUAUUAUCCUGCUGAGACCAGAGAGGAACAAUCGAGAUUUUUUAUCAGGCAAUAAAAAGAAGAGAACAUUUUGA